UUGUUGUGAGGGUCGGUUGUCAAGCAGCGGCCAAUCAGGCCAGGGGAUGGAGGCAAGUGGGGGUCGCGCCUGGAGCGGAGCCUCGGCCUCCCGAGCCGCAGCUGCAGCCCAGUGUUGAGCUGGGAUGGCUCAAGCCUGACAUUCCAUGACCCAGGAUCCCAACAGUCACGCACGGGCUGCUGCUGUGGAUGAUUUAAAACCACGAGGUGGUCCGGGGCUGGGAGACGAAGCAUUCCCUCUGCCUGGAUGUGUGGAAACUCCCUGCCAACUUGAUUGGCGGAUCUGGGGGGGGAUCCACCCCCACCCCACAAGGAAAGCACAGUCUAUUGUGGGUGGAACUUCAGGUGCCAGCCAGCUGAAGGAUGGCCACCCCUGUGGUCACCAAGACGGCCUGGAAGCUACAGGAGAUCGUGGCCCAUGCCAGCAACGUGUCCUCGCUGGUGCUGGGCAAAGCCUCGGGCCGGCUGCUGGCCACAGGUGGGGAUGACUGCCGUGUCAACCUGUGGUCCAUCAACAAGCCCAACUGCAUCAUGAGCCUGACGGGUCACACGUCCCCAGUGGAGAGCGUACGUCUCAACACCCCUGAGGAGCUCAUCGUGGCCGGUUCCCAGUCGGGCUCCAUCCGCGUCUGGGACCUGGAAGCUGCCAAAAUUUUCAUCUUUAUAGAAGUUAUGCAUAGUCUAAAAAGUCAAAUGCUGGUAGUUCACAAAUGGUCACAAUGGAAAGAGGAAGCCUUGCCCCACUCCGGCCCACUCCAGGGGCCUCAGCCUUCUGUCCUUUCACCUGUCCUUCGCACACUUAUGGGACACAAAGCCAACAUCUGCAGCCUGGAUUUCCACCCGUAUGGCGAGUUUGUGGCCUCGGGUUCCCAGGACACGAACAUCAAGCUCUGGGACAUCAGGAGGAAAGGCUGUGUCUUCCGAUACAGGGGGCACAGCCAGGCCGUGCGGUGUCUCCGGUUCAGCCCCGACGGGAAGUGGUUGGCAUCGGCCGCAGAUGACCACACGGUGAAGCUCUGGGAUCUGACUGCUGGCAAGAUGAUGUCCGAGUUCCCUGGCCACACGGGGCCUGUCAACGUGGUGGAGUUUCACCCCAAUGAGUACCUCCUGGCUUCUGGCAGCUCUGACAGGACCAUCCGUUUCUGGGAUCUGGAGAAAUUCCAGGUGGUGAGCUGUAUCGAAGGGGAGCCAGGGCCUGUCAGGAGCGUCCUCUUCAACCCCGACGGCUGCUGCCUGUACAGUGGCUGCCAGGACUCACUGCGCGUCUAUGGCUGGGAGCCCGAGCGCUGCUUUGACGUGGUCCUCGUCAACUGGGGCAAGGUGGCCGACCUGGCCAUCUGCAAUGACCAGCUGAUAGGCGUGGCCUUCUCCCAGAGCAGCGUCUCCUCUUACGUGGUGGACCUGACGCGGGUCACCAGGACAGGCACGGUAGCCCCGGACCCCAUGCAGGACAGCCGGCCCCCGGCGCAGCAGCCGCCCCACCCCAGCGCCCCGCUUCGGCGCAUCUACGAGCGGCCCAGCGCCACCGGCAGCGAGCCUCAGAGGGUGAAGCAGAACUCAGAGAGCGAGCGCCGCAGCCCCAGCAGCGAGGAUGACCGGGAUGAGCGGGAGUCUCGGGCGGAGAUCCAGAACGCCGAGGACUACAACGAGAUCUUCCAGCCCAAGAACAGCAUCAGUCGGACGCCACCCCGAAGAAGUGAGCCCUUCCCAGCACCCCCAGAGGAUGACAUGGCCACAGCCAAGGAGGCAGCAAAGCCCAGCCCAGCCACGGAUGUGCAGUUCCCGGUGCCAAAACUCGAGGUCCUGUCCCGGCCCCCAGUCGUCACUUCCACCCCUGCACCCAAGGCUGAGUCUCCCAUCAUCCCUGCCACCCGGAACGAGCCCAUCGGACUGAAGGCCUCCGACUUCCUGCCUGCCGUGAAGAUCCCCCAGCAGGCGGAGCUGGUCGACGAGGAUGCCAUGUCACAGAUCCGCAAAGGCCAUGACACCAUGUGUGUCGUGCUCACCAGCCGCCACAAGAACCUGGACACUGUGCGGGCCGUGUGGACCACGGGUGACAUCAAGACAUCGGUGGACUCGGCCGUGGCCAUCAAUGACCUCUCCGUGGUAGUGGACCUCCUUAACAUCGUCAACCAGAAAGCCUCCCUGUGGAAGCUGGACCUAUGCACCACCGUCCUGCCACAGAUCGAGAAGCUUCUGCAGAGCAAGUAUGAGAGCUAUGUCCAGACAGGCUGCACCUCUCUGAAGCUGAUCCUGCAGCGGUUUCUGCCCCUGAUCACAGACAUCCUGGCAGCCCCGCCCACCGUGGGUGUGGACAUCAGCCGGGAGGAGAGGCUGCACAAGUGCCGGGUCUGCUACAAGCAGCUCAGGAGCAUCAGUGGCCUCGUCAAGAGCAAGUCGGGCUUGAGCGGCCGCCACGGCAGUGCCUUCCGCGAGCUGCACCUGCUCAUGGCCAGUUUGGACUGAGGAGCCCAGAGGGUGGUGGCACCCUCAGGCCUGGCCUCGGCCCCCCACUCCUGUUCCCUGUGCGCCCACCUCCACAGCCCUAAACUCUGACAACUUCUCUCCAGCAACAGCUGCCCAGCUUUGUCCGACUCCUGCUUCCUGGGGCAGCGAACCAAGCCCUGGGGCUGCUGCUGUAAUUUAUAAGGUGAAUUUUAUUAAAUUUGUAACUAUUCCCUGCUUUC